GCCUUCAGACGCUGGCUCCCCUCCCUGAGUCCCGACAGCAUCAACGUGGCGGUAAAGGCCAAAGAAAACAUCAGGUCUGGUUUGGUCAACAUCGUCAGCUACGACCUGCUGAGCAGGAUGGACAAGCAGCACGCAGGUCCUCCCUUCAAUGUCCUCAUCAUGGACGAGUCUCACUUCCUGAAGAACAUGAAGACGGCUCGUUGCAAAGCCGCCUUACCUCUGCUGAAGGCGGCGAAGAGAGUGAUCCUUCUGUCGGGUACCCCCGCAAUGUCCAGACCCUGUGAGCUCUAUACUCAGAUUCUGGCCGUCAAACCCUCACUCUUCCCUCGCUUCCACGAGUUCGGGGUGCGCUACUGUGAUGCCCGACAGCACCAGCAGAAGACUUGGGGCUGGGACUACUCAGGCUCCUCUAAUCUGGGAGAGCUAAAGCUGUUGUUGGAGGAGUGUCUGAUGCUGCGCCGCCUCAAGUCUGACGUCCUGUCCCAGCUCCCGUCCAAGCAGCGCAAGGUGGUCACGGUAACCAUUGAAGGGGUCAGCGGCCGCAUGAAAGCUGCCCUCUCGGCUGCAGCCAAGCAGCUGACCAAAAGUCAUCGCAGUAAAAUGGAGGAGAAGGAGGCUCUGCUCGUCUUCUACAACCACACAGCUGAAGCCAAGCUGCAGGCCAUUAUGGAGUACAUCACAGACAUGCUGGAGUGCGGCAGGGAGAAGUUUCUCGUGUUUGCCCACCACAAAUUAGUCCUGGAUCACAUCACCACCGAACUGCUGAAAAAGAACGUCAGCUUCAUUCGCAUCGACGGGGCGACUCCGUCAGCAGAGCGGCAGCAGCUGUGUGAAAAGUUUCAGUUUUCAUCCAAGUCCUGCGUGGCCGUGUUGUCCGUCACUGCAGCUAACAUGGGUCUCACCCUGCACUCUGCAGAUCUGGUGAUCUUUGCCGAGCUUUUCUGGAACCCAGGGGUUCUCAUUCAGGCGGAGGACAGGGUUCAUCGUAUUGGGCAGACUAGCAACGUCGACAUUCACUACCUGGUUGCCAAAGGAACUGCUGAUGAUCAUCUGUGGCCAAUGAUUCAGGCUAAAAUGAACGUGUUGAAAGAGGUGGGUCUGUCUGAAUCCAACCUUUUGGACAAAGCUGAGAACGAAAGCUUCCACUCAAAGGACCCGAACCAGAGGAGCAUCAUGGAGAUGUUCCAGAGAUCUUUCUCUGAGGAAGAUGAUUUCGAUGAGGCCAUCCUAAUGGAGGCUGCAAACGACUGGAAGGACACGCCACCAGAAGCGGAGGCUGCUCCGUCCUGCACUGGCACCAGUUUUAGCAAAGACACCCACAAAAAGACAAUGAAAGACUUCUUCACCAGAUGACUCUGGGAAAACUGCUGUAAAUUAAGAAACUGUUUAUUCCUUCACUGGAGCCAGACGUAGCUCCUGUUCUAUCAUGAUUCAAGUUAAAUGUUUCAGCUCUUUUGCAAAUAUAAAACACACUAGAGUUGAUCUUAUGUCAAAUGUAUGUGUUCUAACGAUUAAAGGAAAUGCCUAAAUAAAACUCAAAAGGGUCUAAAAUUGAA